AAGAAAUUGCUAUUGGUCUGUGCAGCCUUUAUGGCAAUGGUUGUUACAGGUGAGUCCCUGACCUGCAACACCUGCAGGGUGGGGAUCGCAGGUAAAUGUCUGUUCAGCUCCACUGAAACCUGCAGCGACUCUCAGUCCAGCUGCUACUGGGGAAACCUGGCCUUCAACGUCAGCAGUUUGAUCAGCCUGCAGACUCGAGGCUGCCUGGCCUCCUCCCUCUGCAACCAAACUGAAAUGGGAUCCCUCCUGACUGCCGGAUACACCGUCAACAGGACCUGCUGCAGCACCGACUGCUGUAACGGAGCCGCAUCCAUCCAGUUCUCUCUCACUGCUGCUGUGGGCGCCGCCCUACUGGCUGUUUGGAGCAACUUGAGCCUUUAA